AUGUUUCAAGAUGCAAACAGGGAAUGUACACACAAAGAGGUGGACGCUCUUUCAAUAGACGAUCUACCUUCCAUAAUUAAUCCCGAGUCGCCACUGCCGUCCCUGCAGAUUCGCACCGAUCUCCCCAGUAUUCGUCCGUCCAGUUCGCGAGACUCCGAACAUUCCUAUGCCUCGCUCUCCGGCAGUUAUCCUCGUCGUACUCCGAGUCUGCGCGCCCUCAUCGCCCCCUUAUCCAGUGCUGGGUCCCUGUCCCCGGCGUCGAUUAUGUCCUCGCCCCAAUUGAAUGCUAUGGGCGAUAUCACACCUCUGCCAUCCCCGAUCGGAGGCGCCUCACCCUGGCGGAGAUCUGAUUUACCCUCGUUGUCGCGCUCUUCAUCAAUAGCGUCACGGAGUGGAUCCAGCCUGCGCCUGAGUGAUUCGUCACAAAUGCUUGGCCCGCCCGUCAUGUCCCGCCCGCGCAGCAGACCUUACCCAGGACUCGAUCCGGAGGAAUCCCCCGUGGCCAACCGCCACCGUCACGAGUCGCCCACCAAGCACUCCCAUUCGCGCAAUCGCAGUCUGAGUGAUUACGCACCACCCGGACGGGUCACGGUCCCUCCCCGUCCGAUCGCAGUAUCGGGGAAUGCUGGGCUUGGCAUUGCCUCGUCAUCGAGCACAGACUCCAAGUCCAACGGGUUGCAUCGCGAACAAUACCUUGCGGUCCAUCGCGGCAUUGCACUGCCGACCGUUCGUCCCCCGAGCCCACCCCGCAGCAGUGGCAGCGGGUAUAGCGAUAAUGAACCUGUCAUCCGUCACCCAGCGCCCUUAUCCGCGCCCCAGGAGGUCUACUCGGUCCGUUCGGUCCGCACCCAGCAGGCCCGUAUAUACCAGAAGAUUCGAGUGCUGGGUCAGGGCACUUUCAGUCAAGUGAGCUUGGCUGCGCGUGUGGAAGCUGUUCCGGAAAUCCCUCUAUCCCCGCAAUCAGAUGGAGGAACUGCAUUCCACGGAACGGUCAACACCCAGAAGCUGGUUGCGGUCAAGGUCAUUGAACAUGGUCCCGCUGGAGGUGCAGACGAGGGCCGCCUCGAAGUCUCCCUCAAGCGCGAAGUCGAGAUAUUGAAAUCGGUCAAUCACCCUUCCCUUGUCCAGCUGAAGGCAUUCGGGAGCGACGAGAAGCGCGCGCUGCUAGUUUUGGACUAUUGCCCCGGCGGCGACCUCUUUGAGUUUGCGACUUCAGGCGCUCCGCCCAUGUCCCCGGGACUGAUUCGCCGUAUCUUCUCUGAAUUGGUCGGUGCCGUGCGCUAUCUUCACUCCCAUUAUAUUGUUCACCGGGACAUCAAGUUAGAAAAUGUUCUGCUCACUAUGCCCGCUCAUGUCAUGGAUGACGUGAAAGACUGGAGCACCUACGACCGCGCCGUGGUCACCCUCAGUGAUCUUGGAUUAUCCAGACGCAUUCCAGAACCCCCGGAGAGCCCGCUUUUGCAAACCCGCUGCGGUAGUGAAGAUUACGCCGCCCCGGAGAUCCUCAUGGGCCAAUCAUACGACGGGCGUGCCACCGACGCCUGGGCUCUCGGUGUCUUGCUCUAUGCUAUCAUGGAGAACCGACUACCCUUCGACGUCCUCCCCGGCACCCGUGGUGAUCCCGCCAAGCUUCGCGCCCGAACCCCUCAUCGCAUCGCACGCUGCGAAUGGGCGUGGUACCGAUAUGCGGACGAGGACGAGGAGUGGGACCCCGAGAAGGGCAAGGGCCUGGACGGGGCUCGUGAUUGCGUGGAAGGGCUCCUCAAGCGUAACACGAGACGCAAGGGCUUGGAUGAGAUCGUCGCCAUGGAAUGGGUGCGCGAUGCCAUCAACGUGCCCGAACUGAAGCGAGGCGACAAAGAAGUGCCGUAG